GCGGCCCUCUGGCCCUCCGCGCUCGGGUUCCUCGCCAGCCCCGCGGCCGGCAGUUCGGCAAUUCGGUUGCCAGUUGGUGCAUUGGUCUCACAGCAUCGCGUGGAGGCCUCCGCGGGGGGAAAGGGUGCAAGACCCGGAGGUCUUCGUCUCCGGGUUGCUUUUAAUACUUAAAAUCAAAACACGCAUGGUUGAGUCCAUGUACACUGGAAACAGCCCCCAGGAUUGUUGUGUCCCCUCCAUCUCCAGAGCGACCAGCAGCAGAGAGCUGGAGAAGGUUCGAGAGAAAGGAGACCCUGCCAUGACCACGACGGAGAAGAGAUACAGUGAUUUUCUGGAACCUAAGGGAUGCUUUGCUCCUACAACAUCCUCUGGCAGAAAGGUCAGCCCCUUGUCUCCUGUUGAAACAUGUCCUAGCACGAGCGAGCCUCCAGGCCCUGGCAAAGUGUCCGUUCACCUAGACUCUGCUCCGGAUUUGGAUCUGAAAUCCUCCUCCUCAUAUUCUGAUCAGUCCUCUGAAACCUUAUUGCCUGGAGUCCCCAAGGAUGACUAUCCCAAGGAGGUCAGCCUGCUUAAGUUGCAGACAAAAGAUGGGCACCGCCCUGAGUGGACGUUUUACCCGAGGCUUAGCAGCAAUGUCCACACCUACCAUGUUGGAAAGCAGUGCUUCUUUAAUGGGGUCUUCCUCGGCAACAGGAGGUCUCUGUCAGAGAGGAUGGUGGACAAGUGUUUUGGGCGAAAGAAAUAUGAUAUUGACCCUAGGAAUGGAAUACCAAAGUUAACUCCAGGAGACAAUCCAUAUAUGUACCCAGAACAGAGUAAAGACUUCCACAAAGCAGGAUCAACUCUCCCACCAGUGAAUUUCUCAACAGUGCCUUAUGAAAAAAAGUUUGAUACAUUUAUUCCACUUGAGCCUCUUCCACAAAUUCCUGUCUUGCCUUUCUGGGUGAAGGAGAAGGCCAACAGGCUGAGGAAUGAGAUAAGAGAGGUUGAGGAGCUUGACAAUUGGCGCCCAGCAGUCCCCUUGAUGCACAGUUUAUUCCCUGCUGGUUCUCUGGACUCGCCAAGACAAUCCUAAACAGAAACAGGCCCACAGAGCAUGGCACUGACUGUACUCGGGAGAACCUCUUCCAAUUGAUCCCUCUGUCAGGGGGAUUGUUCUAAAUAGAAUGUUUGACUCCUAUGAGUAA